AUGAGAAUCACAGCUGCCUUUGUCACCACCGUCCUGGCCGUAUGCGCUGCUACAGCUUAUGCAGUCGAGCCAGACACUGCCCCUCAAGUCUACAAGGUAGAGGCCCCCCACCUCACUCCAGAAGAUUGCGCCUUUGACAGGGACAAUGAGAGGUGGUUCCAAAGUAACCUGUACAGGGGUUACAUUCAUGUUGCCAAUGCAGACGGCUCGGCCUUCGACAUCACCAUCCCGCACGUCUCCUCUCCUCAACCAUUUGGCACUCCUUACCAGCUGGCAGGUCUAUCUCUCAACCACCCCACCAAGCCCACACGCCUCUACGGAGUAGCCAAGGACCGCCAGGCCUUUGUCUUCAAGAGUAGUGAUCCAACCCAGUCCGUUUCGCCCAACGGUGCUAAUCGCUUCGUCGCCUACGACUUGCCCGUCGAUGCCAACUCCCAACCUGCGUGGUCUGUCAGACUAGACCGCGUACAGGACCGACUGGCAAAGAAGCUAGGCGGUAAGGCACGACCCUUUGGACCUGUCGACUCAGUGCAGGACAAAGAUGGCAACUCUUACGUCGUCUUCGCCCUCGGUGCACCGGCUAUCGCCAAGAUCGACCCAAGUGGAAAGUCCAUCGAGGCUUGGUCUAUCGAGGCACCGAAGAGCUCGCGACUGCCCAGAGUUGGAUAUACUGGCAUCUCUUAUGAUGCAGAGUCCAACAGGCUGAUUGCUUACGGUGGGCCCCGCACACUGACCAUGUUCGACCUGUCGUCGAAGACUCCAAGCACGCCUAUCCCGGUCAAGAUCGAGGGCUCGCUGAGGGUCUCUGCCAUCACCGCUGCUGAAAAGAUCAAUCUGGUACAGUCCACCGACGGCACCGGCCCACGUCUAAUGGCGACCAACGCCCCUUACGUGUACUCCUUCAGGUCCACCUCCAAGUCAAACCCCUGGAGCACAGUCUCAUACAAGCAGUACACCCGGGAAGAGUUUAAGAACAAUGGCCUGACUGUCGUGUGCGAGGCCAACUUCAAGGGCGCGAGCGGCAAGCGGGAGAGGCAGAUCUAUGCUCAGGGCGCGUACUUCUCCGAGGGAGCAAACAGUGAUAGGAAGGAGUGGCCUUUGUACAAGCUGCCUGGCUCACUGCUGACUGCUUGA